ACUGUGCGCUGCGGUCUGCAGGGCAACUUAACCCGGCUGCAGCCCCCAGGAGGGGCGCAGACAGCUCGGCAGCACUCCAUGACGCAAAGUCGAGUGACGGUCUUUACCAGGUGGGGACACUCAGAAUAGCUCGACCGGGCACUGAUCCGAAUACCAGUGUUGGAACAUCCGGGCAUCAAAGCAACAAAGUCAAAUGCGUCACUCUACUUUACGGGAACCUGUUGUCGGGUUCUAUAAGGAUUUUGGCACUUGGUGAGGGACACAGAAGUGCGCGCGGGGCACCAGAGAAAGACACUUUGAACACACUCUGAACGGAUUGCACACUUCUCUUUUGAUUAUUCAAAGUGAGUGUUUGAAUUGAAGUCACAAUGGGACAGCACAGCUCCAAGGCCUCCAUCGAAGCGCGGGUGAUUUUUCAUCGCGUGGGCGCGUGUGAGCGAGAGGACCCGUGCUGUUCUCCGGCCUCCGUUGUCGGCAUUGAGAAGAAGGUGACCAGCCAGUCGGCUUGUCCUCACCCGUCCCCACGGAUGCUGGAGAAGUCAACCGUCCACUCUUGGACCCAAAGCCGCUGUGACACCGGGGGGCUAGUGUACGUGAUGGACAAUCCAACCGGGGGCGUGUGGGUGAAGCCGGGAGAGAAUUGGACCCGAUCUUGAAACGAUCAUUCAAUCCGGUGAAAUGCGAACGCGAUUUUGGAUGGAAUCAAGUGAAGCACCGCGUGCUCGGACGCACUCAGUGUGUCCUUAAGCUGUGGAGUCUUCUGGGCAGCAGGAAGCCGCUGAUUUGGGCUCCGGCGCUGAUGUGCGCGCUCCAUGGAGUCAAAGGGGAUUUAAACUAGUCUCCACGACACGAUGGAGUUGGCUGGACUGACCACUGCAAUGUGUUGAUUGAGUCUUUAUGAGACAUUAUAUUCAGGGUCAGAUUGCACAACAGGAAGACUAUAGUGGGGAUGAAGAGUGACGUCAUUUCAUGCGCACUGAGAGAAACGUGUUUUCUUUGGAAACAGUGUUAUUGUUAUGCUAUGAUGUCUGUUUUAGUGAGGGUAAAACAAUGAAUGCACAUUUAUCUUUAAAAAGAAUGUGGAGCAGAUCCAAUGAAAGUAAUCUGGGUUCAGUCAGUAAGAAGUUGGACAUGUUGUGAACGCAUUGUGAGAACACAUCAACCUGUUUAGAGGUUGUAAGUGCCAAAUCUUUACAAUGGCGGACCGAACUUCAUUUAUUUGUCCUUCCUUUUUUAUUUGAUUAUGCUGAUAUGUAUACUGUAUAUCAUUGACCUACUUUUAAAUGUGACUACAUGUUUGUUCAGAACAGUCUCUCACCGCAUGAUGAUUACCAACUGGGUUUAUGUUUCCUUUUGUUUUUGAGAAGCUCUGAAACGUUAUAGGUUGUUUGGGGAAGUGGGUCUGAGGGAUACGACAUCCAUUUGACAUGUUACAUGAAGGUCAAGGUCAAGUGGAUGUCAGGGUUGGACCUUAUGGACUGUUGAAGUGUAGGAUAUAAUGACUUCAAAGAAAAAACACAAUUAUUGUAUUUAUUUUACUUUAUAGAGAAGACUAUCGCUGGUUCAGUUAAAAAAAACUGCAUUUAUUUCUUUGGCAGGUGAAGUCUGGAUAUCGUUGUUGUUGUUUACCAUUGAUUGCUGAUCACUGAGGCAACUAUAGUGUUCCAAGUGAGAUUACAAUGCCUAAAUAUGUGCCAAAAUGUAAUUUGUAGGCAAAUAAUUGAGCAACAAUGAACCCAUGACACACCAUGGUCCAUAUAAACAAACAAAUGACUCAUUAUUUCUAAUUCGGAAGUGGAUUUUAUUCUCAUGAGAAUCAUAACUGAAGCACUGUUGAGCAAGAAUGUCUGAUUGUCUUUAGUGUGUUUAAACUCUGUGAACUUAAGUAUAACUUAUCUUAAGUAUAACUUAACUUAUACGUUUUUCAGUCAAGUAACUUAGGAUAACCUUUUGUAACCUUUAUUCAUGACAAGAUCGGCCCAUUGUCAUUGUAUAAAAAGUGAACAAUAUACUGUUUAACAGUGCAAUGUUUGCCCACUCUACUCAAACCGCGUGUAUAAACAAGGGAACUCCUCUGGUUGGCGCACACUUUGCACCCUGGUGUGGCGCCUUAUCGGUGAGCGUGAGUUAGUCCGCGUGGAGCUAAUGGCUGAUCUAUUAAAUUCCGGGCAACGCACACAGCAAACACUCCAAUACAGCACUUCACGUGCAUGUGCCUGUCCCACUCGAGUUGACUGUCUCUCUAUCUCCACGUCACCAUGGGACUGCGAGGGUCCAAACAACCAGAAGCCCUGCACGUUCUCCUGCUGGGUUUGGACAACUCUGGGAAAACGACUCUCCUCUACAAACUGAAGCUCAACGCGUGCGUCACCACCGUUCCCACCAUCGGCUUCAACGUGGAAAUGCUCGAGGCGAAGAAGAACGGGAAGAACACGGCUCUAACCGUGUGGGAUGUCGGCGGCCAGAGGAGGAUGCGCGAGCACUGGCCGAGUUUCCACCAGGACGCGGCGGCGGUCGUGUUCGUCGUGGACAGCUCGGGCCGGGAGCGUCUGGAGGAGGCGCGGAGGGAGCUGGAGUACACGCUGAAGAGCGAGCUGCUGCGGGGCCGGCCGCUGGUGCUGCUCGCCAACAAGCAGGACGUGAACGGCGCUCUGACUGCCACGGAAAUCAAGGACAUGUUUAGCAUGAGGAACAUGUGCUCGGGGCGGGAUUGGUUCGUUCAGCCUUGUUCCGCCUCGACGGGAUUUGGACUUGAAGAAGCCUUCAGGCGAGUGGUCCAGAUGGUCAAAUGACACGUCGACAUUUAUUUUGUACGCGAUAUUUAAAAAAAAAUUGAUGAUAUGACAGCAAACAAAAUCAUUUUUGAAAUAAGUUUGUAAAUCCAAAACCCUUCUUACCAACAAUAAAUCAUAUUGAAUGAGAUCGGA